AUGAGUGGUCGCGGAGCGGGCGGGCAGCGCUGCCAGCUGAUACUGCAGCGUUGCCUGGCGAUCCACCUCAGCAAGCCGGGCAACGCGCCCGAUGACUUUUGGAUGUACGACUCCGGGUACCUGCUGUUCCAGAGUUUCCUGGCAGCGAAUGCGAAAUGCUGGUGGGCCGGAGCCCUAGCCGCUGCGACUGCAGAACUCCGGUACGCCGGGUAUGUGUCUCCGGGCGUGCUGUUGGUGGCCGGCGCCCCCCGAGCCCUCGAAACCGUCCGUGGGGCGUACUCCCGCUCUGUGUUGAAGCCUCCACCUACAUAUCUUAUAUGUGGACUUGGUGACAUUGAAGACUGUAUCGUAACGCCAGCUUACCAAGGGCAAUUCACACCGUUGCCGGAGGCGCUAUGCGACUGCAUAAUGGACCUCACUUCGCAGGGGCAGUCAGCGACCCUGGAGAGCAUCCGAACAUCUCUAUCUGUCAAGUUCCCGUCAAUGCAAACGCCAGAUGCAAAUGUGGUGUACGACACCUUAUCGCAGCUGAUGCAGGAGCGGAAGAUCUACCAGACUUCGUGGGGCUUCUUUAUUGUAACACCGGAACGACGGCGCUCGCGAUCCCGAUCUUCUUCUCGCAACCAUACAACGGACGACGAUUGCUCCUCCCCGAGAACCAUCCUCAUGUCAGACGAGGAGGCGUUGCAUCAGCUCUAUGGCGAAAUCACCACAGUCCGAGACGGCGCCGUCACACACCAGUGCGUACAGACCAACUUGGCUGACGUCAUCUGCGGGGGCAACCCAAACGACAAAAUCCUGUAUGGACGUCCGAACAAACGUCGCAGCGCAUCGUUCCCAGCUCCACGUUCCCUGGACCGCCGUCACUCCCUGAGGAUAUUCGGCUCCUCCAGCAAGUACCUUCAACGAUGCGCAUCCACUAGGAGCCUGCACCACAAGAAUACUAACACAACCGAUAGCUCCUCGUCCACGGACUAUCCGCCCAGCGUCGAAUCUGCGUCUCCAAAGAAAGUGUCGUUGCUGUCCCGCUUAUUCAGACGAAGCGGCCGCAGCAAGCAGACGCGCGCGAUGAGCACCUUCUCCGCGCAGUUCCCGCCCACAGAGUGGUUCAACUCGAAGGCUGUGCAUCUGCACUGUGUCGCCACGCAGACCAACUCCAAGGAGUCCCUGCAGAGUCAAACGUCAUACGUGUCAUCAUACUAUGAUGGAUCGGAAAUAAGCAAUCGAUCGUCAACGCUUCCCAGAAGACACAAGCGACAUCUUUCUACCGAAUCAGGCCUAGCAGGUUCCGUUCAUUACGACCACUCGCCAGGAAGACACUCUAGCCCCAGUUCUGGCAGUCUACCGCGAUCGACACUAAGCAGAAGUUCCACAAACAAAACCAUUCUAGACCACUACGGAUCCCCUCAAAGAACAAAUGACAAACUACGAGAUAGUCCUAGUGGUAGUCUUAGACGAGUAGACUAUUCUGAUCACGUCACCUCUACUAGUGGCCCAUCAAGCUUAGAAAGCAACACCUAUCGGACUCCUCGAAAAGAAAAAAAUCCAUCCGAUAAUUCCCCGAUGAAAAGAGGCUACCACACGAGCGGCAGUAGUGGCCAUUCAAGCUUGGAGUCACAUAUUUCGGACCGCACUUUGAAACCUUCGCCUAGUCACAGCAGUGGGGCAACUGGUUUAAGUAGAGCACAAUCACUCGUGAAAGUUCAAAGUUUACAAAGUUCCCCAAAAAGUCUUCACAAAUACAGAACCAAACCGCCGAUAGUCGGCGGUGAGACGGUAAAAAACGGUAAUACGUCGCCGAAAACCUGUCCAAACACACCCAAGAAAACCACACCGUUGCAUAACAAAACAUUAGGCUCCAAAGUUGAAAACCCUGCGACGUCAGUUCUCGCUAGCUCCAAUUCCAAUAAUUCCAUCACAUUAAAAGUCACCACUAACACUUUAUCCCAGAACGGUGGUACCAACACCAAAGUAUAUGUACAAAAUUCUCCGGUCAGAUCCGUGAUCACAUUCGAAAAUGGAAAAGUUACCGAAACUACCAACGGCAGUAAUAUUUACAUUUUCAAUGACGACCGACAAGUUGUCUCUGUAUCUAAAAAUGGAUCGAAUCAAGGGGUAAAAAAUCCCACUGAAACUUCCUUUGAUGUGUGCGUCGAAAAAAACAAGCAAACAAACCAAGAGCAAGAAACGAAAGUGCAAGAGAACAAAUUCAUUAAAAAUUCGAUUAACGACACGGGUAUGAACAACAAUCGAAAACUAUCUCUACAGAUAGGUGCGACCAAUAAUAACAAUAGUUUUGUAUACAAAAAUCAAUUAAAUAAUACUAAUGACGUCGCGUCAAACCCCGCGUCUCCAGCUAUACAUAAUAAUAUUCAUAAUUUAGACGGCACCGCUAACAGUAAUCCAUCAACGCCUACUAAAAGCUAUGAUAACAUAAUUGGAUCUUUAGGUAGCCUUAGAUACCAAAAGAACUCCUUCACGUCAGCCAACAGCGGACUUCAAACGAAUAUUAAUUCGAAUAGCGAACUAAAAAGCGUCGAUUUAUUAAAAAAGGCAGCGGCACUGCAAAUGUUGAACGGUCUACCGAGCGUAAAUAAUAGAAUGAGUACAGAGUCAAUCGCAAACUUAUUAACGAAAGGCAUCGAACAGAAGCCUACGGUGUUGGGCUCUGAGCCUAAUCUUGCAUUGAAGAAUCAAGAACCGCUGAAAGAUAUCAACACGUCAACGGAAAAAAUCAGCUGCUUAGACAACAAGCAGAAAAGGUACAGCCUAAGUCAGGAUGUAAAGAAAGAGAACCACGAUUUUUAUAAUUUUCCGAGUUUAAGCGACCUAAGCUUUAAUUUUACUAGUUUAGCCGCCCAGAAAAUACUUAAAGGGGUCAGUAUAAACAGCGUUGAUACAUUGGUAGAAUUAAAUAUGGCUGCUAAUAAUUCUGAAAAACAGAAUAAUCGCGAUGUUGCAGCAGUAUGCACAGAUUUUGGACUUGUAUAG